UCCAAUCUUGCCAAUGUCAACCAGAGACUCCACGUUCUCGUAUUUCCAUAUAGAUGAUCCCAACCAGGUGCUCUAUAUGGAGCGGUGGAAGGACGAUCCCAUUUCUUUCGACGAUAUAGACACACAGGCGUUGCUUGAGGAAACCUCCAACCUCUUUCCCCAGAUGAUGUUGGAAGAAGACGACGAAGAAGGGGCCAUUCCCAUCAGCUCCAUGCGACUCGGCGCUAAGCUUAUCAAAAACAAAGAACUUCUCAAGGAAAAGACCUGGAAUGACUUGGGCAUCUUCGAAAAGUUCCUCAAUGAAGGGAGCGCCCUCCAUAAAGAGGUAGAUAGGACCAUCAUCAGGCCUCUCCAUACGAAGCCAAGCGCCUUUGGAAGAGAAGAGAGUGAGGAACUAUCCAUAGGCGAGUUUUUGUCUAAUGGGUAUUUGGCCUCUGAUCACAUGGAUAGCAUUCUCUCUCCGGAUAUGGUCAAUGACAGCAUCAUGGGGGUCCACCAGGGCGAUACCUCCAUUAAUUCCACAUCAGAUAUGAUAGUACCGGAAAACAAUACUUUCUUGAAUUUCAGAUCAGGUUCCAUAGGCGGGAGCUCAGCCCAAGCUGGCUCUGCUAUCCAGACUCCAAGGAUUGGUCGAACGAGACAAUCUUCUACCGACAAAAACUUCCAAACACCUAUUACAAGAAUAAUGAGGUGAUCCAGAGGUACUUAUUAUUCCAUGAAGGUCAAUCCCUUCUAGCACCUAAAGGAAGGCUUGGUGGAGGCUGGUUUCUUACACAGAUCGAACCAUAAGCCAAAAUCGAACAUUAGCGCCGGAUCGCCAUCUAUGUUUCGAUAUCUAUGAUAUCAUUUGCACAAUGAAAAUAUCAUGAGUAAAUAGCGCUCUCAAGAAGUCAAAAAUCUACCUGUACAACGUAUUUUA